GGUGGCGCAACCCACAGCCCCGUUCCAAAGGGGACGCUCAUAACAUCCACUGACAUCCAUCCAUCCGUCAUGCCAGCUGUGGAAAGGCGGCCCAUAUGGGCGGCCCCUCAACUCGGCUUGUCGCAGUCAUCCCAGUGAAUCCUCCACGGUAUGUCGGAUGAUGUGUAUAAGGCGAAGCUGCAACGAUGUGCUGCAGCUAAGAAGCGGCGGCGUGCGGAAGAAACGGAUGAAGAGCGGGAACAACGUUUAGCUAAACGGCGUGCGUAUUAUGCAGCCAGGCGAAUGCGUUCAACAUCUCUUGAUCUGGGUGCAUCUACAAGUAUCAUGCAUGCUCUCAAUGCUGACGCGACUUCGGCGACACCUGAUCGUUCGACAGCAAGCCUUGUGGAUGCUUUAAAUAGCGACGAGACUGCAUCUAAGCGUUCGAUGAGUCGUAUGGAACUCUACAACCUGAACAGAAGACGACGACGUGCUGAAGAAACGCCUGAACAGAGAGAGCAACGCCUUGCCAGGGAAAGAGAGCGAGAUGCUGCUAGGAAAGCGAAGCGUGACGAGUCGAGGAGAAAGCGCCAAGCGGAAGAAUCACCCGAAGCGAGAGCUCAACAAUUGAAGAAAGGACGAGAGAAAUCUCUUGCCAAGGCUCGUCAACGUCAACGACGUAAAGAGCAUGCGAGAAGAGUCAAGGAGUGUGAGCCCGCAACUCGUGAAUUUCACAGACGCUUUACAAACAGUCCGCUUGGCUGCGUGUGUUCUGUGCGUGAACGGUUGUGGCAUAAGGACAAACUUACACCGUUCAGUAUCAUCAUCAGCAAUCAGCACUUUUCUAUGGCUGCGCCGUGCGAGGAUCUGCUGGGGCGCUAGCCCGAGAUUCGAGCUCAAGUUCGUCCGACAUUCACCCGAAGCGGCGACCGAUGAGCCGCGAGGUCACCGUGGGUGAGAUCGCGUACAUCCUGCACUUGCCAUGGAACGCGCAUCGCACGCCCUCGGAGCCAUGUGGACCAACGCUCGGCGACGUCGGGGACGGGGCCGCCGGCACCGCGAGCCCGCGUCCUACGAAAGCGAGGAAAACUCCUCCGGUGGACGCCGAGGAAACCAGGGCCAGGCGCUCGGAGGGUCAGCUGCGCCGCUGGCAGGCCCAGCGCGAGUCCCCCUCCCCCCUCGUGAGGCCAGCGCCCGCUGGACCCGGGGAGAAGAGACGGCAGUGGGCCGAAGCGCAGCGGCGUCACAGGCAACUGCAGCGCCGGGUCGAAGAAGAACGACGUCUGCGGGAAGGCGCCCCACCUCGAGCUGGAAGAACUCGUAAGGAACCCGAAGAAAGGAAGAAGAGACGCGCCGAAGCCCAGCGGCGUCGCAGGGAGGCCCGGCGCGAAGCCGAUGAAGGUCGACAACUCCUGCUGGAAGACGGUCCAUUGCACGGCGAAGCGCUGUCCCGCCGGGCCGAAGCACAGCGGCGCCGCAGGCGUGCCGAGCGCGUAGCGGCCAACGCUGGCGUUGGGCACCGCUUGAUAGUCGAUCCCUUCGGCUAUGCCAACGCGGUCAGUAGCUUGCUGUCGCCGGUCCUUUCUUCUGCUCGUCGUAGCAGGGGAACAGCGCAGGAAUCUGACAAGGACGAAGAAUGGUGCAAAAACUACAGCGCUGUCGGUGAUGCCAUAGAUGAAAAGCUGUCGGCAUGCAACACAUCCAAGUCCACAAGUACUACCUUCCACUGGGAUUCAUGGCUAGGUUGCAAUGAUAAAAACGUUGGCGAGGACAGUGCCUUGCCUCAGCAUGCCGAUCAAUCUUGUCAAACGGAACACCACAUCACUCUAGUCCAGUGCGCAAGAUUGCACGUUUCAACUUGCUGCGUCGGAGUCCAAGUUGAUGUCUCGUGACUGUGCUGUUAAGUUCCUGCAUGACCAGGCUGACAGAAUGAAGAAGCUGCUCAAUGCAACAGUGGCAGCAUCUGGUUGGCCUCGGGGGCACGCCUGUCCAUGACGACAGGGAGGCCUCCCUCACACUCGGACGCAAGAGCCAGAAAAGUGGCAGAAGCAGGCGAAUCUUUUUGUGCAGUUUGGUGGCUGCACUGUUCGCAUUUGAUGCCACAACUUUUCACUACUUUACCAUGUGCAUGUGCUGCUGAUGUCCAGUUUAUUGAAAACUGUGAUGUUUGCCAAUACAUAAUUUAAAAGUCUUUAUCCAUUAUCAAAAGUAUGAAAAUCAGGGUUUCUGCAACAAGAAUGAAUUUCCUCGAUGCCUUGGCAUGCAACCUGAAAGUGAAGACUUCCAUUCGGACUGGCAUUGCAAACGUUUCAGUGCUUCCGUCAAUUUCAGGUUGUCGGUAUGAAUUGCCAUUAAUUGCUUUUUUUUUUAAAACUGAAA